AUGGGUAAUAAGCAAAGUUCGAGUUAUUCGGACAAUUCAGCAGGGCCUGAAAAGUUUGAUCCGGAUCGAAAGCCGAGCAGCCGGAAAAAUUUACUGUGCAAUUUGCUUCGAAAUGUGCGCUGGAUCAGUGCGCUUUUUGCUAGAGCAACUCCAGCCGUUCUCGAGCAUGCAAAAUUUUUGCGUAAAAAAAAUUAG